UCACAUCUGAUCAUCAAACAUUAUUGGUGUUACUGUGUACAAACCUUGUUCUGCUUGAUAAGUGGUUUUUAAGUCAAUGUGCUGCCAUAGGGAUCUUUAUAUACAGUUCAGUGACCCCUGUUUCUAUUUGAGUUUGACACCACUGAAACACCCUUCCUCUCAUACUACUACUAUAUGAUGAUAUUGAUUGCAAUUAGAGAUUCAGAGCCUUAUCACUUUGAAUUCCGAUUUCUCCAAACCCAAGUAUUCUUACUCCUCUGAACUGCACAAAGUUUCAGAAAAGAAAUGUGAUGACGAGACUUCCUUUUUGAAAGACUAUUAGUCAAGCAGUCCAAUUUGCUAUCUCAUCUGCUUUUUCCUUACAAGCCUCCCCCCUCCCUCCUUUCUUACUUCUAAUGGGAGAGACUGUCCCUUGAGUGACCUGCUUUUAAUAAGCUUUCCAAUCAGCUCGCGAGUUAAAAGUGCCCUUAGUGGUGCUAGCUUCCUCACUUUGCCGGCUUGCCUCCCUCCCUCUUUCGUUCCCUCCUUCCAUUCUCCGUUUUCUCUCUGGACUCGCUCCCUGUCAAGGCUUAAUUGAGUCCAAGGGAGGAUCAAGUUCCCUUGCCUUGGAGUCCAGAAAUCUUUCAGAGCAAAUCCCAGCAGACGAGGAAAACCACAGCUGGAAAGGGGGAAAGCAAGAGACAAGUGAGUGAUCCUGUCCAGAAGGGAGAAGGAGCAGUGGCAGAAGCAGCUUCUUCGGCAACAGCAGCAGAGGCAGCAGAGGCAGCUAAGGUAGAGGCGCUGUUCCUGCUGGCUCCCUUCUCUAGAAUUGAAGCAGCAUCGAACCUCAUCUCUCUCCAUUGACAGUCAGAGCAAGAGAGCAGCGAUUCACAACUCCAAAAUGCAGCCACAACAGCAGCAACAGCAGCGUCGAAAAUUUGCAGCUGCCUUCCUGGCAUUCAUUUUCAUUUUGGCAGCUGUGGACAUUGCUGAAGCUGGCAAGAAAGAGAAACCAGAAAAAAAGGUGAAGAAAUCAGACUGUGGAGAAUGGCAGUGGAGUGUGUGUGUCCCAACCAGUGGGGAUUGUGGACUGGGUACCCGGGAGGGCACUCGGACUGGUGCGGAAUGCAAACAAACCAUGAAGACCCAAAGAUGUAAGAUCCCAUGCAACUGGAAGAAACAAUUUGGAGAGUGCAAAUACCAGUUCCAGGCCUGGGGAGAAUGUGAUGCAAACACUGCCUUGAAGACACGAACAGGAAACCUGAAGAGAGCUCUUCAUAAUGCUGACUGUCAGAAGACUGUCACCAUUUCCAAGCCAUGUGGGAAACUUACCAAACCCAAACCACAAGAAUCUAAGAAGAAGAAAAAGGAAGGCAAGAAACAGGAGAAGAUGUUGGACUAAAAGACAGCAAGUUCGGGAGAACAUGAAAGGGACAUCAGCAAACAUGAUCAGUUAACAGUUUUAUUUACACCAAUUGUAGGGGUUCUAUCCUAAAGUUAUUUAUAGCUUAAUUAUACAAUAGACAGAAAGAAAAAAAUACUUUUUAUAGUAGUAUUUUUUCAUGUAUAACCAUAACACUAUUAGGUGCCUGUAUGAAAAAACUCUAUAAUUCCAUUUAGAAAUCUAUUUUCCUUAUACAACAAACAAUAUACAAAAGCUUAAAGUCAAUUUUUCAAAGCCAUGCACAAUUUAAGGUAUAAAACCAACCAUCGAUGGUGGAGUUAAGAUUUCAUGAUGACUGAGUAAACAUAUUCUCAGGUUAGGUGCCCUCUCCUAUCCUCUUUCAAAUUUGAACUUUUGUUUCCAGACAAAAUAAAACUGAAUUCGUCUGCCUAUUAACCACUGGCAGACAUCUCAUCUUUUUAACCAAUGAACUCUGCUUUUAGUCAGUUAAAAGAGGAAAGCUCAGUAAUCUUAAACUUUCUCCUUUGCUCUGGAUCAAGUGCUUUUUAAAAAAAACAUAUUAUUUUGUAUUAAAAUGGUCUCCUAUUUUGUCAGCUAUAUUUGUUUUCUAGACAAGAGAAAAUUUCAUCUGAUAAACUACUAGGAGGAAAAAUAUGCUAUUUUGUGAAAUAAUUCACAUCUAUAACCUUCCUUUUACCUCCAACAAUACUGCCCAAAAUCACAUUCCAAACAGUCUGAUCUAUUAGCAAUGAGGAUUUUUCACUUAGAUCUUGUUAGAAGGUUUCUGCGAAUGAAUAUAAUUUUUUAAAUCAGGCUCUUUUCCUUUAUAUUACUUAUUGGAAACUGUGGUUAGAUUGGUGCUAUUGGCCUCAAACAAGGCCACAAAUAGAACUGGCUUUGGAGAAUAGGAAAGGAAGAAUUACAUCUUUUUAAUGGAAAGUUUUAUAGUUACAAAGCACAUACCACUCCUAGGCCAACAAUGUGAGAAAUUGAAGAGCAUGAGCCCUAUGUGUAUGCCAGGGUAUUUGGUUCCAAUAGAUAUCAUGUGAGUGCCAAAGAACAUCUGUGUAGCACCUUUAUCUCUUGGCCUUUCAAGGGACAUUUAUGAAGGAUUCAGAGCUAUAAUUAGGAAUUUAGGGACCCAGGGAAGAUAAAAAAAAACUAUAUCCUUCCUCCUCUCAAUAAACUUUGAAAUUCUAGACUAAGUAAUCAGGAAAAAAUCAGGUAAAAAGAGGAGUUAGUUAUUAUAGUGGCUCACAGAUGGGUGCUAUUAACAAUACCUGUGAACUUAUAGCCUCCUAUUUAAAUUUUUUUCCUUAUUGCUAUCUAUCUGGUAUACAUUCCUAGUUAGUAAUUUCUUAUUUCUAGUUUUAAGAGUGCAUGUAUUAAAUCUUUGUACUCUCUAAAUGUUAGUGCCCUUGUGAAAAGCUCCAAUCAUACCAUCCUAGUUAUAUCUCUGAAUGGAAGAUUUCUUCGAUUCUAUGAGAGACAGAAAAUUGUAUUGUGUUGGCUAAAUUCAAAGUAUCAAUCUUGUAUAAAAUAAUCAAUUAUUUUCUGUAUGCUAGAAGAUUGAAAUUAUUAUUAUCAUUUAAGGAAGGAACAUAUAUCAGUAGUUCAGGAGAUCCAUUCCCGGAGUAGUUUCAUCUGUUCUACUAUUUGUCUGGUUCAUUUCAUGGUAAAUCCUAGGCAAGUUCCUACCAGUAGUGUGGACUGUGCUCAGUUGUUCCUCUGAACUAAAUGCCAACCUAUAAAAUCUGAAAGAGGUAAGAGAGAACAAUUUCCAUUUAAUAAAAUCAGAAUGUAUUAGAAAAUAUAAAUAACAACCAGAUGCAUAGGUAAUAUCAUUUUUUGUAAGCUGACAGUAAUCAAAGGGAGGAAAUAGGCAUAGAGGGUAGAGAGAUGAGGUGAAAGAAAUAUAUUGGAUCCAAUUAUUUGUUGGAUGUCCAAGAUAUCACAUACCAGAAUUUUGGGAGUGAUGGCAGGGGCUGUACCAUAUUCUCUUUGCUUGUCACUAUCAUUGCUUCUCCAUUAGUAUUUACUACUGGUUCUGGCCCAAAGCAACAGCCCAUUAAUCAGUAGUGAGUCAGAAUAAUAUCUGUCAAGUGACAGCCUGGUAAAUAUCCAUGCCACACUCCUAUAUUGACAGGACAUUAUGAGAAGCCAAAGAAAUGCAGGAGAUUUCUGUUGUAUUAUCUCCAGCCCUUAAUGAACCAUAUAAUUGACCCUCUGAUUCUCUCCCUUGUUAUAGAAAAAAAAAACAGUCAUUUUGUAUAGCAUGGCUGUAAUCUCAGUUGCAUAUGUGUGAAAUUAGAUUUCCUUUCAACUGCUAGAACUAUCCUACUGAAAGUGGCUUCUAUGACUUGUUAAAUCCUAAUGAGAAACGGAAGAGAUGAAGAUAAAAAAGACCAAGCUCAUGUGGUGGGGGUGGGGGUAGGACGGAGAGAGAAAACAGAUGAUCUUCAGAGACCUGAGAGUCUCAGAAAACACCAGAGGAAACUUUUUCUCCAAAAAUUUUUCAUUUCAGGAGAUCUUAAACCUGCUAACCCUAGAGUGAAGGAGUGGUGAUAUGGAUAGAACUCCAUUAGAAUUCCUUAUGUAUCUCAAAGUUUUUCAUUCAAGAAUUUUCCAGUUGCAGGAGUAGAAGGAUAUAGUAGACCUAAGCCUUCCACACAAAAUCUCCUGACAAGUUAGGAAGAGAAUCUACACUAAUGGGUUCCCAGUAACCAUCUCUUGUGUUCAAGGGGGUGCUAUUCCUUGACUACUUCCAGCACAUAUGCUUUUUUAGCUAUUCUAAUAAACCAUGGGUAGAUAUGGCUAUCCCUUACCAACCCGUAUGCAGGUUGUGAAGAAGUAAAAGAAAAGAUUUAUUGACUUUGAAAUGAGACAUUUAUAUUAGGGCAUGAGGUGGCAAAUAAUUCCAAAGGACCUGAGAGCUUGCACAUUGAAUUCCUAUUUUCUGAAGCUUAAUCAGAGGAUGGUUAGUUAAGAUACUUUCAUCCUUGAAACCAUUUCAGUCUACUGUCAUAUAGAGAGCUGGAAGACUGGUCCAUGAAAGAAAGAAUCCGACUACUUAAGAAGACGGGGAAAGUUCAUUUUCAAGAUGAGCUUUCUCUGGCCUCAUUUCUAGGAUAGCACAUUAAGAAAUAAUAAUAGGAAAACUCAAUAUCAUUGCCCAAGUUCAGGACUACAUGGAUAAAGAGACACAUUUGAGCUUGUUCUGGAACUGAAGGUUUGAAAGAUAUCUUUGUAGAAAACUUGGGUUGCUUUUAAACUAAGGAAAGAUAAAGAAAAGCUGAAAAUUCUGAACAGCUCUUAAUUUCUUUAUAUAUUUAUUUGAAAACGAUUGAAAUUGCUCUUAUUGUUGUUAAUUUUGACCCAAAGUUGUUUUUAAGUCACUGGUAAUGAAUGAAAGCCUUAAAGUAAAGGCACAGAUUUCUUAUCCCUCUGUAAGUACUGAUUUCUAAGUCACUUUCUAUGUAUUUUCUAGUCUUAGGAGACCCGGAAUUGAAUCAGCUUCUUGACUCCUUAAUGUUUGAGUGGCUGGUAGUAAAUGCCACAUAAUUUUUUCUCCAUUAAAGAAAGACAAUGAACCCAAUUGAUUUCCCCAUUCUUAAUUGAAGAGUGAAGGGCUUAAAGAGACUUUUUGGGGUGUGUGAUAAUUUAUGUGGGAAAGAGAAAGGCAUAUUUCCUCUCAGAUAAUAUAACUAUUUCCAGGUCUGAAAAAUCAAAAAGUUGUUAGAAUGGAAUACAGAAUUCUGGUUUGCAAAAUGGAAUGGAGGCAAAGAAUUACUCCAUUUUUAGCCUUCUCUCAUAAUGACAAAGGCAGGAAAUGAAUCCUAAAAACAAUUUAUCAGGCCACUGACUCCAGUUUAAAAGAAACUAUCAAUCCUUUACAAUGAGUUUGUUCAAGAGGGAAGAAUGUCUGGAGCGUAAAGCAAGUAGUGCCUACCUCAUACCUGUCUGGAGUGCUGGCUUCCAGGGGAAGGACAGUGUGAAGGACACUUCAAGUAGGGUGCCUAAUGUCCCCUUGCUACAGUAAUGUCUCCUUCUUACUGCUCCCAGUAACACAUUAUGCCAAGUAGAGACCAAAGUUAAAAUAUUCCUUCAGGGUGACCUGGCAGUGUCUGGGCAUGGUAGCCAAUGAUAAAUCUAAAUUCAGGAAUGUCUUCAAGUGAGAAAAAUGGUGAUCUAGGUGAUUUUUCCAUUUGAGAAGGAAAACUCAACAAAUCUUCCACUCCCUGCUCCUACAACUUUGCUUUUAUAGCUUAAAAUAAGAAAUCAUGUUCACAUAAAAACAGGCACAGAAGAUUAAAGAAUUUCAUGUAUAUACCUAUUAAACCUUAUAGUACCAAGUUACUCAUGGGGUGGGGUGAGGUGUUUUUUGUUUAAUUUUUUUGUAUAUUGAUUGUUAGAAGCAUAUUAUCCUUUGGCCUUUGAAAAUAUGCACGAAAGCCAUAUAUCUGCAUAAUAGAAUAAAUAUGAAUAAUCCUGAUAUAAAAUCCCUAAUGGUUCCCCAGCCUCCUGGGAUGCUGGGAUGCCUUAGAAAAUGUAAACAUCUAUUGAUUGUAUCUACCUACUUGACUUGCUCUUAGUGGAGAUAAAAAAAAUAAAAAAAAUAAACUAAUCAAAGAG